AAAGUAUAUGUUGUUAUCUACACGGUUUAUCACCAUGUAUACAAGCUUGGCGUUGAAGUACAAAAGGGAUUAGAAGCUAGUGGCGUUGCUGCUAAGAUGUUCCAAGUACAGGAAACGCUUCCUGAAAGCGUAUUGCAAAAAAUUAGAGCACCUCCUAAGCCUGAAUUACCAGUUAUCAGACCUGAACAAUUGAAUGAAGCAGAUGGUAUCAUUCUUGGUUUCCCCACAAGAUUUGGAACGAUGCCAAGCCAAAUGAAAGCAUUGUUGGAUGGUACUGGAGCAGCUUUUGCUACAGGCGCGCUUCGUGGAAAGCUUGGAGGAACUUUUUUUAGUACUGGUUCUCAGCAUGGCGGUCAAGAAACAACCGCAUUAACUACAGUCACUUACUUUGCCCAUCAAGGUAUGAUCUAUGUCCCUCUUGGAUAUCCUGCUCAGUUGAAUGACAUGUCGGAGAUUGUUGGUGGAUCAGCCUAUGGUGCGGGAACUGUUGCUGGAGGAGAUGGCUCAAGAGAACCAAGUGCUAAAGAACUAGAAAUAGCGCAUAUUCAAGGCAAGAGCUUUGGUGAUGUUAUUAAGGCAUAC